AUGGAUACAAAUAAUGAAUCAACAUCAACUCCUCAAUAUGAGACAACAAUAUUCACUUUAAAACCAGACAACCUCGCUGUUCUUUAUUUGCACGGUUACAAUGAUUAUUUUUUUCAUGAUCAUGUAUGUGCUCAAUUUUUGGAUUUUGGUUAUGAUUUUUUUGCAGUUGACAUGCGUAAAUGUGGUCGAUCAAUAAUUUCACCUGAACAAGAUCAAUAUAGACAUUAUUGUGCGGAUAUGCAUGAGUACGAUGAAGAAAUUUCACUUGCCAUUGAACAUAUGAACAAGCAAGCAGAAAAAUAUACUAACAAAAAAUUUGCACUUCUUGGACAUUCUACGGGUGGACUAACCGCUUGUUUAUAUGCAAUAUCUGGUCCUAAACGUAAUGACAUUGAUGCUCUCAUACUUAAUAGCCCAAAUCUGGUUGAACUUGACAUGUCAAUAAUUCAAUCCACUUUAGUGAAUGUUCUUAUAGCGAUGAAUGGCUCCAGAGACAUCAUAGCUGGAUGGAACGGUCGAUCGUUGCAUGUAUCACAUAAAGGCGAAUGGAAUUUUGAUACGACCAAAAAGCCUAUUAGCAUCGUACGUAUUCAUGGUGCAUUUUUUGCUGCUUGUCGUCGUGCCCAACUUGAAGUUACACAGAAUGGUACUUCAAUUAAAUGUCCUAUAUUAUUCAUGAGUUCAAAUCGAUCGAUGAAGUCUGAGAAGAUUUGGCAUGACGAGUACGCUGAAGUUGAUCUCGUACUCAAUGUUGAGAGCAUUCGACGAGCAGCUGCUAUGCUUGGUCAACACGUGACAAUCUGCCCAAUAGAAAAAGCAAAUCAUGAUGUAUUUCUAUCGAAAAAACCUGUCCGUGAAAAAGCAUUCAAUUGUAUGUUUCAAUGGCUCGAAAAUCUUGAACGUCAAUGGAUUAAAAAUAUUUGA